ACAAGUGAUAAUAACCAAAAAACUCAACCGCUAAGUUUGUGAUGUUGUUAUUUACAUAAAUUGAACUUAUUUAUCCGUAUAUAAUUUUUUUUCACAAUAUUAACCCGUUAAGGACCAAGUACACACAUUUGUUAACUUUUUUGCUUUCCGUUAAGGACCAACUACACACAUUUGUGUAGUUUUGAAUUUUUCGAUGACAACCAGAAACCAAGGAAAAAAUGGAAAAAUGGAAAAACUCUAUUGCAAAAAGUGGAAAACUCGAUGGCAAAAAGUGGAAUUUCUGUAGACUUUUUCUGCCAAAAAUUUGAACUUUUCCUAUACCAACGCCAUGUAAAAAAACUGGAAUUUUCGAGUUUUUCUGGUUUUCACUGUCUUUUUCAUAUUUUUGAGAUUUGACAUCUGAAUUAAAAUGGUAGCAAACGAAUUUUCCAGUCCUUUUUGUGGGAGCGAAGGGGUUAAAAUUCUUAAAAUGACAACAUUCCCUCCGUUUGGUACACGAGCUUUCUGUUGGUGACAAUUCGUCUGCUCAAUUAGUACUAUAAAAUUUAGCCCAAUCAGCUAUAGUACCUCCGCAGGUUGCGAUUUGUCCCCAAGUUAUUUAGAGUGUAGUAAUUCCUUUGGAUUAUUUUAAUGUUGAGAGUUCCGUAAAUUAUUUUAAAAUUUCAGCAAGCAGGAAAAUCUAGAGUUCCUUCAGGAUGAAUAAAAAAUUCGCGGCCGUGUCACUGCUAAUUCUAGUUUUGGCGAGUGGUGUACAAAACGAGGUGCCGUACCGACGCCACUUUUUGUUGAAACACUUGUCCAGCGGGAAAUGCCUGGUGGGUCAUCGUGGCGACACUUUCAUGGACUUUUGCGACCCUUCGGACAAGAUUCAGGAGUGGAUCACGCUCGGUCCCCAGUGGGGGGGAAGUAUUAGGCCAUUCAUCACCCCGGAAAUGUGUCUCGCCUCGCCCCCCGAGGGAAAAGGAUUUUACACCCAUUUGCAAAAUUGUUCCCUACAAUGUGCCUGUAUAAGAUGGACCAUCACGCUUGACCCUCGACCCACCCCGGCCCCUAGUUUGGGCAAGGUCAUGGUUUGGAACAACGACGUGGAGCGGUGCCUCCAACCCAGCGGGGUAAAGGUCAAGACGGGUCCCUGUCCCAAGCACGACGGCUGGAUUAAGAUCGAACGAGCCAUGAGUGACAGUUUCUUCUGGGAAAUGGCUCUCAUUAAAGCAACACAUUAAUUUUAAAGGUCAGAUUAUCUAUAAUUUCGGGUGGAACAGAAUCUCAAUAAAUUUUGAAAAUUCACACCAGUUUUACAUUUAAAUAAAAUUGUCCAUGGA